UUCCCCCUCAAUUCCCAAUUUAUUUUUAUUAGCCCCACACAUUUUUUCCUCAAAAAUGGUCCUAAUUUACAAAAUUAACUUAAUUUUAUUUUUUAAUUUAUUACCUUUAAUUUUUGUUUUUGGCGAAUUGACGAGACAUUUUAAGGAAUUUUUGGACAAAAAUUAUGGGGGAGUUGGGGGACAAUUGAACAGGAUGGAUAUGGGUGGAUAUUUGUAUGGAAGUUUUGGAGGAAAAGAGGGGGAUAAUGAUACGAUUAUAAAUGAGGUAGUUUUUGAGGGAUGGGAAGGAGACAGGGAUGUGCGCCAGAAUUUUCGCGUGGCGCGCCAAACGCCAAACGCCAAUUUUUCAAAUUUUUAAAUCACGCCA